AUGGCGUCAGCGGGUAAUGGGGAGCUGAAAGGCUCGAAGAAGAGGAAGAAGAGCGAUUCAGAGUCUGCUCGUCGGUCGAUGAAGCGGAGAGCGGUCGAGGGAGAGACCGGGAAGGAUAAGCUGGAGAUCGAACACAUACAAGAGCUCGAGGACCAGAUUGCUGAGUCCCGGAAAUAUUACAACAAUAUCGUCACCUUGCUCUCGAAACUUGACGAUGCGAGCACGGAUAAGGCUGGAAGGAAGGCUCUUGCGGUUUCUCUUUGUCGGGUCUUUUGCCGGUUGCUGGCUGGUGGGCAAUUGAACCCCCCCAAGAGCGCAGCCGAGAAUGAGACUAUACUGGUCGCAUGGUUGAAGGAGAGAUACCAGGAAUACAAGACAGCUUUGGUUGGGAUCUUGCGGGAUGGAGAGCCUUCUCAGCAGAUUACCGCUUUAAGCUUGUCGAUGCAAUUGAUCAAAGAACAAGUCGCUCAUUAUACCGGGUCAGACAUCAAUGUAUGGUCCAGUGGCUAUUUCAACGAUAUCCUGGCUGCCGUGGUCCAGCCAGGCAACGACAAACUCAGGGCGCACUUCAUGGACAGCUUCUUCCAAAAGUACCACGACAUCACAGUCUACACCGUCCUCCGCCUUGCGUACGUUUUUUUCACCUACCAACUCACCAAGCAUCAAUUAUAUGCACUAACACCUACAAAAAACAGAACCUACCUAUCCGAACAAAGAGAUGCAGAAACACUCGACAGCACAGUCGACCUGCUCUCCAACAUCGGCGAGCCAACCGAUCUCCAGCAACGUUUCGAAACCACCUACACCGACACCUCGAAAAUCAGCCCAAAGAACAAAGGCCCCUUCACUUCCGAGAAUUCCUUCAAGAUCCGCGUACAAACAGCCUGGCUCGCCGUACUACGUAACCCAAUGACCAAAUCGCAACGCAAACACCUCCUCCGCAUAAUGUCGCAUGUCGUCGUACCCUGGUUCGCAAAACCAGAGCUCCUAAUGGACUUUCUAACAGACUGCUACAACGAAGGCGGGUCGACCUCUUUGCUCUCGCUAUCGGGGCUCUUCUACCUCAUCCAGGAGAAGAACCUGGACUACCCACAGUUCUACACAAAGCUAUACUCGCUACUAGACAGGGAUGUGCUGCAUUCCAAACAUCGGUCCCGGUUCUUCAGGCUGAUGGAUACUUUCCUUGCUUCUUCGCAUCUUCCCGCCACGCUUGUAGCGAGCUUUAUCAAGCGGCUUUCGCGAUUGGCGCUUAAUGCGCCGCCUGCUGCGAUCGUGGCGAUUGUGCCCUGGAUAUAUAACAUGCUCAAGUCCCAUCCAACAUGCACGUUUAUGAUUCAUCGGGAUUUGAAGAAGCAUGAUCCAUCGCUGUAUGAGGAGAUAGAGGAGGAGGGUAUGGAUGAUCCGUUUGAUGCGUGUGAGCCCAAUCCAACGCUCACAAACGCUAUUGAGAGCAGUUUGUGGGAGAUUGAGACUUUGCAAUCUCAUUACCACCCGAAUACCGCGGCUUUGGCCAGGAUUAUAUCUGAGCAAUUCACUAAGCAGCAUUAUAACGUUGAGGACUUUCUGGAUCUUUCUUAUCAGGCUCUUCUAGGCACGGAGUUGGGGAAGGAGGAGAAGGCAUUUAAAAAGGCUCCUGUGGUGGAGUUUCAGAUUCCCAAGAGAAUCUUUACUGAUCGCGGACUAGAGGGAAGAGAAGAGGAUACGGAGCCUGGACAUAUGCUCCGAGAGUUGUGGGACUUUUAG